AUGGCAACUAAAUCUUUCCAUCAACUUCUCGGAGCAUUCCUUACGGUUCUCGUGUUGCAAUCUUUUGUGGUUAAGUCUAGACCUGUGAAAUCCGAAUCUCCUGGUCAGGGAAGUCAUGGCGGUCGACCAACUUCCGACGCCUCGUUUCAUUCGGACGUUAACAACACCCUCUUGAGUGAGAGAUGGAACACUUUUCCGGUGACCUACGGCUUCAAAUCCAGCUCUUCCAUGCCGGCAUAUUUAGAUCCUCAAGCAGUGGCUACCGCCAUUGAUACCGCGUUCCGAAAAUGGCAAGCCACCGUCCCUAAGUUCGCAUUCCGAAAGAUAUAUCCAGGCGAGGAUGCUAAUAUCAAAAUUGGGUUCACUCCACUACACGGGUAUACUGGUUAUGGUUAUUCUCCACCAGAUGGGAGGCUUUACCUAGAUAACAGCCACACGAACUGGAGCACAAAAUCUUACCCUGCGGGGUACGAACAAGACCUGAUGUCCGUUUCCAUGAAUGCAAUAGGUCAUACCCUCGGCCUUGGGGAUAGUACCAAUCCGACAGCGGUCAUGUACCCUACACUGUAUGAUGGAAGUAUCAAAAGGGAGCUUAGCGAAGAGGACAUGAAUCGCAUACAGAUUUUAUACUAUUAUACGCCACACCUUGAGUUAGGGGAACCUAUGUAG